CUGCGGUACCCCCUCACCCCCUUCAUACACCCCUGGAAUUCUGCCCACAGCUGAACAUGAAGACGCGUUAAAGUAAUCUGCUUCAGUGAUCUAUUCCCCUCCAUUCAUUGCAUUUCCAUGUGGCUAUUGAAAAGCCCCUUCAAUACCACUAUCAUAUCUGCCUCCAGCAUCACCCCUGGCAGCAUGUUCCACUCACCCACCACUCUGUGGAAACAAAACUUGCCCCGCACGUGUCCUUUAAACUCUCACCCUUCCACCUUAAAGCUAUGCCCUCUAGUCUUUGACAUUUCUACCUUAGGAAAUGUUUUUGGACUAAUCUAACUUUUCAAAGGAAUAUGGGUUAAACGCAUGCAGAUGGGAUCAGCUCAAACAACUGAAUCGAAAAUCACUGGAUACAUUCUUGGACAUUUGAGUGCAGUGUGGUAUUUUGAAUUUGCUGACGCUUUAUUUGCUUGUGGAAGUACACCUUGUGCCUCAAAAGGCUCAAUGCCCUGUCAGCUAGUUAAUAGGUUAGUGAAUCCUGGGCUCAGAGCUGUUCCUGACGGACAUCAUGAAGAUCAGUCUUCUGUUUCUGGGAUUUCUCCUUCUCCAGUGGGCAACUAGUGAGAACAUAUUGAUCUGGCCUGCAGAAGGAAGUCACUGGAUUAACUUGAAACCCAUCAUCAAUGAGCUGAUCGCAAGAGGUCACAGUGUUACUGUGGCUGUGAAUUCCGCUGCAGUUUACAUCAACUAUUCUGAACCCUCACCAGUGAAAUUUGAAGUGUUUCAAGUGCCGUUUACAAGUGACAAAUUUCAGGCUUACACGAAUAGAGUCAUGGAAUUCUUUAUCUACGAGAAAGCACAAUUAACCCACUGGCAAGCAUACAGAAGAUUCUCAGCGGCCAUGGAACCUGGAAUCAAACUUACUAAAGGCAUCUGUGACGGGGUGAUAAAGAAUGAAAGGCUUGUGCAAAAACUGCGAGAUUCGAAGUUUAAAGUUCUGCUCUCUGACCCCGUGCAUAACUGUGGGGAUCUCCUGGCUCUGAAGCUGGGAAUUCCCUUCAUCUUCUCUCUGAGAUUCUCCCCAGCAUUUGCAAUAGAGAGACUCUGCGGACAGAUCCCAGCCCCUCCCUCCUAUGUACCGGCGACCCUCUCCGAGUUUUCUAAUGAGAUGUCUUUCAUUGCGAGAGUUCAGAACGUUCUUUACACCUUCAUGUACGACUGGAUGUGCAAACAGAUGUGGGAUGAAUGGAACUCCUAUUAUAGUGAAGCUUUAGGUGAGGUUGUCUGUCUCUUUUCCUUUUGUUAAGUGAAUCGAUUACAAAAUUACCAAUUAACAUGUAGAAAUUAAGCGUUAUACCUACUGAUGUAACAAUGUCAGCUAUGUUAUUUUAAAGUAUACUCUUCACCAUUUUGUCAAUGUAUUAAUUGAAGGUAUGUACGGUUCUUAAACUGAGCCAGCAUUUAAUGGUCCAUCCAUAAUUGCCAUUGAGAGGGUGGUGGUGAGCUGCCUUCUUGAACUGCUACUGCGGGCACACUCAUGAUUGUUUCAGAAAGAGAGUUGUAGGUUUUUGACCCAGCAACAAUGAAAGAACUGUGAUGUAUUUCCAAGUCGGGAUGUUGUGAGGCUUGGUUGGUGGUGUUCCCAUGUUCUUGCUGUCAUUGUCCUUGCAGCAGGUGGAAGUCAUGACUUUGGAAGGUGCCAUCUAAGAAGACUAACGCUGUAUCCUAUCAGAAUCUCUUGCCCAGCCUAGGUGAAUCAAGGACCAGAGGACAUUGGUUUAAGGUGAAGGGGAAAAGAUUUAAUAGGAAUGCGUGGUUGGUUUGGAGGGAUAUGGACCAAAUGCAGACAGGUGGGACUAGUGUAGCUUGGACAUGUUGGGCGGUGUGGGCAAGUUGUGCCUAUGGGCCUGUUUCCACACUCUUUCACUCUAUUACUCAGACUGUCACGGGGAGAACGUACAAACUCCACAAACACCCAUAGCCAGGAUGGAACCAAGGUCUUUGGUGCUCUACUGUUGCGCCACUGCGCCACCACUUCUCUGCUUCUCUGGCACGAAUCUGAACAUUGGUAAGGCACUCAAUUAGAACUCAAGCUGGAAUAAUGUGUGGGAAAGGAAUUGCAGAUGCUGGUUCAAACCGAAAAUAGAUUUGUUUUAGAAGCUGGAGUAACUCAGCGGGACAGGCAGCAUUUCUGGAGAGAAAGAAUGGGUGGCGUUUCGGGUCGAGACCCUUCUUCAGCAUUUGCAGUUCCUUCUUAAACAUAGAACUAUGGCUGGUGCAUUGUGUUUCCGCUGGCUGGUUAACGCUCAACAAAA